AACAUAGCCUAUAUGGUACGCCCUAUUACCCAGGAAUCAGAGGCGUAAAGCUGACACGAAGUACUAUAGUUCGAUAGAGUCACCAGUAGAUUCCGGUUCUAGGACUCUAUUGUACCCUUGUCUAACUCGCACCUGAAAUUACAUUCAAACCUUUACAUAGUACCAACAAAGGAAGAAGAAAGGCUACCAGAUGAAAUGCGCCUCUUAGAAGCCCGCACUGCCAAAUAUACCGGUAUUCUAAAGCUCGUAGAGAAGAGAGCGAAUGAGUUAUUCAGAUAUGCUAUACUAUCGCAUACCUGGGAAGAUGAUGAAAUAACUUUCAACGAUAUUGAAAAUGACAAGGCGUCUUAUACCUCAGCCAACACGGCUGCAGCCCACGCAUCACUAUCCAAAAUUCUAGGCGCGUGUAGCCAAGCUGCUGCUGAUGGCUACGAAUACAUCCGGAUUGAUUCGUGCUGCAUCGAUAAACGUAGUAGUUCUGAGUUAUCCGAAGCCAUCAAUUCUAUGUUUGCGUGGUAUCGCGAUGCUGAUGUCUGUUAUGCCUUCUUGCUUAAGGCACCGAAUGAGCUCGUUACGGCAGAAUCCAAGGCAGAAUUUGCUACGAAUAAGUGGUUCACUCGUGGCUGGACGCUGCAGGAGCUUCUCGCCCCAAAAGAUAUGAUAUUCUUCUCCGGCGAUUGGGUUCCGAUUGGUGAAAAGAAAUUUCUAUGCUUGCAGCUCGCCGAAACCACGAGAGUCGAUUACAAGAUAUUGCUUGGUGACGAACCUCUGGAAUCAGCGAGUAUUGCGAGACGAAUGUCGUGGGCUGCACAAAGGGUAACUACACGACCGGAGGACAAAGCCUAUUGUCUGAUGGGUAUCUUCUCUGUUAGCAUGCCCAUGCUAUACGGCGAGGGUGCAGAGAAGGCAUUUAUACGACUUCAGGAGGAAAUUAUGAAGCAAUCUGACGACGAGUCGUUGUUCGCCUGGGUUAACCCUAACUCACCACCAGAUGCGAUGGAAGGCCUCCUGGCGGCGGAUCCAUCGUACUUCUUAAACUCAGAUAAUAUAAUUCCGUAUCAGGAUUGGGAACCUCGUGAGCCCUAUACCUUAACUAAUCGUGGCCUUAAAAUUAGCCUUCAUCUUACGGCACUCGAUGACGAUAAAAAUAUAGCAGCCCUCGACUGUCCCGUGCCGCCUGACUAUACGGACCUAACCUUCUUGGCUAUAUAUCUACAGAAGCUGUCAAAAUACAAUGACAAGUACGCACGUAUUCGGACAGAAAAACUCACUAGAAUCCAUACACGUGGAAACCUUCAAACUGUCUACGUCCCUCAGAAGCCUCCAUUAUUAAGCGGCGCCUUUCUUCAUUACGUAUUAAUGUUAAGGGAAGGCCCCCCUCCGACGAUCUAUCAGCUUGUACGCCUCCAAAGGGCACGUUUAAGGUUUCCAAUCCCCGAGUCAAUGGUAACAAAGAGUAGAGCCACGAGAUGGGUCACAGACAAGUGGUCCCCCAUCUAUCCUCUACACUAUGAGCCGAAACAGCUUUCCGUGGCUCUGAUAUUCCAGCAUGCAGACGGUGCGAAGAUAACCGUGUUGAUUGGCACACUUAACGGGUUCGACGUUGCUUUUAGCGCAUGUGAACUCGACGCCGGGGUCGAUCCUGAUCGUGUACAGCUCGAUGAAAUGGAAGCUCUUUUCAAGCCCACCGCACUAGAAAGAUCUGAGCUAUCAUCUCAUAUCGUCCGUGUGUCUGCCACGCCCGUGAUAAGACCACCAGAUAAAUAUUACAUGGUUGAUAUUGGAAUCGAAGCAUUUGAUGCUGCUACUGGGUUAGGCCAUGGUAACAAUGCAAGUAUACCAGUACCUAAAAAGGAGGUCGCAGAAAGAUCAAAGGAAAACAAUAAGCAACUGUCGUUUUGGAAGCAUCUCAAACGCUAAAAUGACUUUCAUACAUUUUACGCUCUUAUAUCGACUGCUGUGAGCUUCGGGGUCUCUGAUCUAAACUCAACGAGCCUUUUUUAACGUACUAUACCUUUUACUACAAAAACAAAGCACCGACUGUAUUAGUAGCUGUUGGGAUAUAACAGGGCUAUCCUGUAUGAUAGUCGCCAGAUAAUGGGUCUAUGUAUCAGGAGCCUAUUCGCCACCAACCCCACUCCCUUUCCAGCCCCUAUUUCUGGGAGGGCAGGGGUCAAUACAGUCACCAAUAUACCACUAUAAAUCCCUCUCUCUCACCCCGUGCUAUACGAUAUCCUGACAACUCCAUUUAUAAACCAGAAAUAUGACUCGAUAUUUACAUGUACCAUGCUAACGAUGUUAAGAUUCUAAAUAAAUCAGAUCUAUACCUAGGUAGAUAAUAAAUUGCUGCUUUGUAGGAGCCCCCUUCAGAACUUUUAUUCGUAGUUUGCUCCUAUUAAUUUUAGCCGACGUCGGUAGGGCUUGAUAGUAAUUUCAUGGCUUAAUAGAAUAUGUACUUUUAGCUUAUAAUUUUCUAGCAUUCCGACGACUAUAAA